UACAAAAAUAUUGAAUUCGUUCAGAAUUUUUCUGUCAUCUGAACGUGAGAAAGUAAAACUGGUAGUGAAGCUUCGAAAAAUAACCCAAAUAUAUUUUUUACGAAAUUUUACAAUUUGCUACUAAUUAAUUGCAGCCAAGUAACAUACAUAGAACCACACCAAUUUAAUCCGGAAAAACUAUGAACCUCUUAAAUUCAGUACAACGUGCAAUUCUACAAAAUCUUCCGAAAUUAAACAAAUUGCAAUUGGCUACUGUUGCGUAUCAAUUUAAAAUUGAGAGGCCCGUAUACUAUCCGGACCGGCAAAAUGAAAUGCAACGGUUUAGUGAACAGCAAAAGUCACAGUUGGUGGCCGAAACUCAAGAAAAGAAGAAACUCCCUAGAGAUUAUUACUACAAAAUACUUGGUGUAAAGCGACAGGCGACAAUGCAACAAAUAAAGGCAGCUUAUUAUGCGCUUGCAAAGCGCUUUCAUCCAGACGCAGGAAAUUCACCACCACACGCGUCUAAGCGUUUUCAAGAAAUUUCAAAUGCGUAUCAUAUUCUCACUGAUGAGAGCAAGCGUAUGGAAUAUGACCAGUUGGGCAUGGUGAAGGAUGAACAGUCGUUUCUCCACAAAUUCACAAAUGUAGGGAAUGUAAUUAAAAAUCGGAAGGUAGAGGUUGCCCUGCCUACUACCCGCGAAGAGUUAAUUAAAAUGACCACUGGAGAACCCCGAUUGGAACUUACAUUUUUGGAAGCAGCGCACGGACUAAAGAAAAAUAUUGACUUGCGCUUACUGAAGAAAUGUCCUGCAUGUAACGGUAAAUCGCCACAACUAAUUAAUCGCAGCAAACCGGAACUUUGUAGGAAAUGCCAAGGUAUUGGAAAACUGACUAAAAAGACAGCCACGUAUACCAGUAUCCAGGCUUGCGAUCAGUGUCAUGGUAAAAGAUAUAUUAAUCGAAAUGAGUGCGAGACCUGUGACAACCGUGGCAUAGUACUCGAGACAGUCCGCAUUGUUGCGCAAGUACCCGCCGGAGUAAAACAUGGUGAAUUAAUACCCGUCGAUAAUCCUAAAACGAAACAACGUAUUAACUAUCGCGUGCAAGUGCAACCGAGCGAUAUCUUCCAACGUGUUGGUAACAAUGUACUCUCCGACAAGUACAUUACGAUUUCAGAGGCAGUACUCGGUGGAAUCUUCAAAGUACGCGGCAUUUAUGAAGAGCUGGAAGUUAAACUUGAGCCUGGAAUUGAGAGUCACACAACAGUAACCUUGAAGGGCAAAGGAAUUAGAUGUCGUGAUAAUCCUGGUGAUCACAUCGUAAACUUUAAAAUACGUAUACCACGCCAGUUAAGUAUGAAACAACGUCAACUAAUAAUGGCACUUGCCAAAACAGAAGAUCCUACAUUCGAACGAUCUAUUUAGUAAAAAAAUUAAGAACUUAAAUCUGAAGAGUGUCUGCACAUGAAUUCCACGCACUUGGAUAUCGAAUUACGAUUUUCAGUAACUCGAAACUAUAAAACCCUGCUAAGAACAAAUAUGUAAACUGUUUUUCGAAAAUCUGUAAUUAAAAACAAAUAUAUUUCUUGGAAAG